GUUUUGGCGAUUUAGCUGCAGCAGCAUCAGCGCUCGCUCCUUCUAGACAGUCUCAUUUCGUCUGCGCUCCAAUGCUGAGUGCGUUUUCUUGUGGUGGUUAAGUGAACGUGACUGGCGCGCGACCGAAACCGACGGCUUAGAAGCACGACGGGUGAACAAAAUCAAUAGUUGUGUGUGUGUAUGCACAUAAUUGUGUUGUGAAAAAAUCAAAUAUAUAUAUAUAUGCUAUGUAAGGUGUAUUCGUGAGUGUAUAUUGCAGUUAUUUUGCUUUAAGGCAUUCGCGUGUUCGUGUGCGAAUUUUUUCAAACCAAACGAAAAUUAAUGAAAAAGUGCACAAAAAUGCAGCAGCAAUAAUUGUCAGCUACAACAACAGCAGCAGCAACAGCAUAAGUAAUUAUUUUUCAGUGCAAUAAAUUUGUGUCUAAGUGUAGUCAAGCAUAAAAAUUGUAAUAGAAAAAUCCACAAAGUCUUUUAAACAUCAUUAUCACAAAAGGAUUUAGAAAAAUUGUCAACGAAAGCCUUAAAAUACGUGAUUUCUGUUAUUUGUGCCCGCUGUGGCACCAACAACAGCAAGAACCAACGAAUAUUUUUUCAAUUCAAAUAGAAAUUACGCAGCAUGUAAAUCAAGCUCACCAACAACUUUAGACUUCUUCUAACGCGCUUUCUGUCGUUGUCGUCAAAAUAGCAUCUACAUUAUUCUCACCACCGCCGCAUUCAGCAUGUCACAUCAGACCGCACGUCGCGCACAAGCGCCUACAAGUCUCGAGUGCCCGCUAGCAUCAUUGGGACGCAACAGUAGCACCAUCAUUGAUUCGCUGACGGGACAUCAUCAACCGCCAUAUCAUCAUCCACUCAGUUCCAGUCCACUCGAUCCGCAGGUCUAUCAAAUGUCACGCAAAUCGCCGGACCUCAGCAUCGAUGCAGACGAUAUCAUCUACACACCAUCGGCUUCGCAACAAGGUGAUACCGUAGAUGGACUGCUCAAUGAAUUGGUUAAUAUUGAAGAAGAUGCGGAAACCGCUGCAGCAGCCGCAUCGGCUCUGAAUGCCACCGCGCAACGUAAUCACACGCUACCAGAAAUGUAUCAGCUACCGCACAGCGGCUCACAUGGCGGAGGGUCAACAGCCGGACGUAUAACCAGACAUCAGGGUGGACGUUGCAGCGUGCCGACGGUAUCAAGUGCGGUCAAUGGUGGUAGCACACGAAAUAUGCAAUACUUUUUGGAGAAGAAAAUGGACGCGCUCUAUUUGGGCAAUGCGAUACGCGCGCUUCCCUUAGGUUCGGAGGCAAAUCAUUUUCAGAAUGAACGCUAUUUUCUGGAGGACGGACUGCGUAAUAUAUGCAAUUACAAUAAUGCCCCCGAACGACUAGCGGACGCACACUACUUACGCCACCAUACCUCCAGUCCCAGCGAAACAAGCGGUUCCGAUCGUUACCUGCUAAAUCGUACCGGUUCACCGACGGAUGCAUUCAGUUCGUCCAAUCAUUUGGAAAAUUUUGCCAACACCAGCAACAACACCACAUCAUCCAACCUUGCGCUGGAUCAACGUUUCCAUCAUACCAAAGUGAAAAGCCUCUCCGACGGUCUCUGCAACAUCGGACGCUUCUCACCUAGUCUAGAUCAAGGUUAUGCCACGCUUGUUUCGCCCUCGCCAACGGGUCAUCAUCCGAACACAAUUACAACACAUAGCAUCGUACACCACCCACCGCCGUCGACAACCACUUUAACGGCAGUGACACGCACACGACACGACAAUGUCGCGCCACCACCAUGGAAUAAGAAGACCUUCCGUUCGGGACCACUCUUCGAUCGGCUACCCGACGAUGUGGUUUUAAAGAUUUUCAACUGGUUCGACAGUUGCGAAUUGUGUAUUUUGGCGCGUGUGUGUCGACGUUUCGAUCAACUCGCCUGGCGACCAGUGCUAUGGAAGGUGAUCUCACUGAAAGGUGAACACCUCAAUGGCGAUAAGACGCUAAAAAUGAUUUUCCGGCAGUUGUGCGGUCAAACCUGUAACGGCUCGUGUCCGGAAGUAGAGCGCGUAAUGCUCGCCGAGGGCUGUCGAAUAUCCGAUAAAGGUUUGCAGUUAUUAACGCGACGUUGCCCGGAAUUGACACAUCUACAGCUGCAAACAUGCCUGCAGGUGUCCAAUCAAGCGCUUAUGGAGGUACUUACGAAAUGUACAAAUUUGCAGCAUCUCGAUGUGACGGGCUGCAGCCAGGUGGUCAGCAUCAGCACGCAUCCAAACCUGGAACAACCACGACGUCUACUGCUGCAAUAUUUAGAUCUUACAGAUUGCGUUGUUUUAGACGACGUCGGACUUAAAAUCGUUGUGAAAAACUGUCCACAACUGGUAUAUCUAUACCUUAGACGCUGUAUAAAAAUCACAGAUGCCGGAUUAAAAUUCGUUCCAAGUUUUUGUAUCGCUCUUAAAGAGCUCAGCAUAUCCGAUUGUGUGAACAUUACCGAUUUCGGUCUCUAUGAGCUCGCCAAACUUGGCGCUGUUUUACGAUACCUCUCCGUGGCGAAGUGUGAUCGCGUCUCCGAUGCUGGGCUCAAAGUGAUCGCGCGUCGCUGCUAUAAGCUGCGCUAUCUGAAUGCGCGCGGCUGUGAAGCGGUUAGCGACGAUUCCAUCACGGUAUUGGCGCAUUCCUGUCCGCGUCUGCGCGCACUUGACAUAGGCAAGUGCGAUGUAAGCGAUGCAGGUUUGCGCGCACUCGCCGAAAGCUGUCCGAAUCUGAAGAAGCUCAGUUUACGCAAUUGUGAUAUGAUAACGGAUCGCGGCGUGCAAUGUAUUGCUUACUACUGUCGUGGCCUGCAACAACUAAAUAUACAGGAUUGCCAGAUAUCGAUAGAGGGCUAUCGGGCGGUGAAGAAGUACUGUAAACGCUGCGUUAUAGAACACACAAAUCCAGGGUUCUGUUGAUUAGUUAAGUGUUAGAUGUAGUCGUGCGCGGAGCUAUAUUAAUUUUUCGUAAAGUGUGUGAAUCACACAAUGUUAAAUAGAGGCAGUAUAAUGAAUUUUUUUUUAUGUGCAUUUAGUUUUGUUGAAUUUAAAGAAAUUACGUCGGAAAAUUAAAUGUAAUCUAAGCUGCGAUUUGUUAGAAAAAUAGAAAAGAAGAUUUUGUUUAGAAUUUACUAUUCUCCCUCUAACUUGAAACUGAAAAUACUCUGCAUUUAAAACUAUUCUCUAAUGUAAACGGAGUUUGCAUGAAAAGGUACAUAGCUGUUGUUUUAAUAUUUAAGAGGCACUUACAAUUUCGAUAAAUCUUAUACUACACACAUAUGCAACGUUAUAACUAUAUAAUACAUUAUUUUCGUUUAGACCAUCUCAUUCUUUUAGCAAUACACUACUUUGCAACGCCAGAGCAGCUUAAAACUAAAUAAAGCCGUUUCAAGAUUUGCGAAACUUUAUGUAAUUCUGUCAAACUUGCCAGUUUACGGAAAACAAUGCCUAGCAAAUAUUUCUGUUUUUUUUAUUUUAAUUUUUUUCUUUUUAAUUCUCUAGAAACAAUGUGUGUAUAAUGUGUACGUGUUGUUUCAAACGUUGUACAAACGCGAUUUCAUCUUCAUUUACUUAUAUAUAAUAUUUAUAAAAAAUAUUUUAACGAACUUGUAAAUACAUUAGAUACAUAUAAAUUAUGAAAGUAAAUUAAACUGUCGUUAAUUAUAAAAACAUACAAUUGGUAAAACAAAAAUUAUUUAGCAUAAUUGACAGUUGGUUUUUGUUUAUGUAAAUUUUUAAUUUUUAUUGAAAUACAAAUAAAUUAAUAUGGAUGUACACAGGUUGGUUGAAAAGUUUCUGUGCUUGAAAUUAAAAAAAUGCUGUUUUUGGUACGACAUCUAUUUGUUAUUCAAUAUAAUCUCCCUUAGCUUCAAUACACUUAUUAUGAUACUCCACUAAUUGUAUGCCAUCCUAAUAAUUACUUUCCGAAAGCUUUGCAAAAUACCCAUCUACGGCUGUAAUAGCUUUUUCAUUCGACGAAAAACGCUUUUCACGAAGGAGUUGUUUCAGGUUUCUGAAGACGUAGGAGUCGGUGGAAGGCAAAUCUGAUGAAUGCGGUGGAUGCUCAAGCAAUUCGUACUUCAAUUCGUUGAAGUUUGCCAUUGUUAAAACACCUUUGAGAGCAGAUGCAUUGUCUUGAUAAAAAAAUAUUUUUCGUGCUGCUAACCAUGACUUUUCUCCCGAAUUUUUUCAUCCAGCUGAUCCAAAAGGGUGCAAUAAUAUUCAGAGUUGAUUGUUUUACCAGAGAAUGUAGAUUAUAUAUUUUACAUUCUCUGGUUUUAGCUUUCUACAGAUAAUUAAUCAACAAAAUUCCUUUUGCAUCCCAAAUAACUAUCGAUUUAAAAUUAUGACACAAUAUUCUUAAAAUAUUAUGCAUUAAUUUAAUACAAAAAAAUUAAAACCCAAGUAAUUGUUUUCAGGGAGGCGUACACUAAAAACAAUUAGUUAUGGGGUUCAGUGCAGUCAGUGACUUGAAAAAUAUCUUAUUUAUAAGUAGUUUUGUUUUAGUUUUUUGGCUAGUUAGACUUGACAGAAUUUUGAAAUAAAAUAAUAAUUUUUAAAUAAUUUAUUUUUUAAAAUUCUGACUACCCAUAACUGCUUUUAGCGUCAUAGGCAAAAUGCAUUCAAAUUUCGAAGGAAUUAGAAUUUUUUACCACCCUGUUGUCAAUAGUAGU